AUGGACAAUCCUGUCCGUGGUGGCCUCCAUCUUCCACCGCCAGGCGAUCGGCGAUCUCGCGGCGGAUAUACUUCACUUGGCCAGCAGUCGAUGUCAUUGCCUUAUGCGGGAGACAACUUGUCUGCCUAUUCUAAUACACCAGAUAUUGUUAAUGGCCUGGCAGCAGAGACAGCGACACAUUCACUGCUGGGACAUGCUCGCCAUUACUCCGAAAUUCCCCCACGAUCACCUGAUGGUUUAAACUCCGAGCCCGCGCCGGGUAACAACUGGUGCACAAACAAUGAAGGUUGUGGUUCUCUGGGAUUUACCUCAGGUAUUCCAGAUACGGCAACUGCAGCACGCAGGGACAAUUCCUUUGAUUCAGAGAGUGCGUAUCAAUCAGCCACGCUCAUGAACAAUGAAGUUAUUACCGGCAUGCUGGUGUCCAUCCCAUACAUGCUGUCAUCAGCAUUGAUGAGCACAUAUCCGUCCAACCAUGACUCAGAAAGGCAUAUCCAGAAUGAGUCUGUAGAAAUUGGUGUUGUGAAUUACCAUAGCCCAAGGAGGAGGGCUCUUCUCGAUACCUCCAUUUUGGUCUCCAUCACAAUGUUGGCGAUGAGUCUUUAUGAGAUCAGGAAGAAGAACCAGUCCAGUUCACUCCACGAUUCAACCAGAAAGACAGUAUCUAAUGUAUCAAAUAUUCGGGCCUUUCGAAAUGCUGUCCUCAUUGCCAUCUCCAUCGGGUUGCCAUUUUACUCCUCAAUGCUUCUUGAUCAUGGAAGAGUUGCCAUCGCAAUGCUUCUCCUGCUGGUGUCUGGCGUCUCCCCGGUUGUCCAGCUUGACUCUAAAAGCAACCACCAGAGACAAUCUAUUUUUCGUCUAAAACAGCGCAAGGGAACAGUUUGCUGCUUAUUUGGGAUAUUGUUUCUAGAUAUUGCAAAAUUCACGUCGUCUACCGACCUAUCACUGUUGAUUAGAGGAUAUUUGGCCCUUUUCCUCUCAGUAUUUAUUAUCCAACCUCCUUUCUUAAAUGUUCCUAAGUUACCUUCUGUUUUCCAUCCUAAGGAUCCAACAUAUGAGCCUUCGGUGACUGAAGCCAUCCCUUCCGGCCCUGGUGUUCCGGCGAUGACCUCAGCUGUUGCCCUGGCAGGUACAAGAACAUUUGUCCAGAUGGGUGCCUUUCUAGCAAGUCUCAGCCUUGUCGUUGGAUAUACGACAGGUGUUAAUUUUAUCACUUUUCCGGCGUUAGUGACUGCGUUGUUGGUUGGGUUGCUCUCAGCAGUGUCCUUUCUAAAUGUCACACCGUCAACUCUCCAAAGUAGACAUCAGUUAGGGUUUCUUUCAGGAUCCAGCUCUGCCCUUGUCGUCAACGCUAUUACAUCCCAUUUGGAACUCUCAGGCGUUUUGACCUCUUGUGCUUUCAUCGCUCUUGGCUAUAUUCUAGUUCAUCUAGACCUUAAAUCGAUAAAACCAGAAAUCCCUGCACAUUCCCAUAUAACGCACGUACAAGGAGAUCAUGUUUACCACCAUCACCACCACAAUACCCACCAUCACGGUGGAGAGGGCCGCCCAUCUCAUGCGACGAGAUGGCUUCUGAAUAUAUGCGAGCACUGGCCUUUUAUGUACGGGAUCAUCAAAGAAAAGGAUUCAAGAAGGAUAUUUUAUUUCAUGUGUCUCAAUUUCGUAUUCAUGCUCGUCCAGAUGUGCUAUGGAAUCAUAACAGGCUCUCUUGGUUUGCUGAGCGACAGCAUUCAUAUGUUAUUUGAUUGUUUCGCUCUCGCAGUAGGUCUGUCUGCCGCGGUGAUGAGUAAAUGGCCACCAAGCGUAAGGUUCCCGUAUGGGUACGGAAAAGUAGAUACAUUAGCUGGUUUUGCCAAUGGCGUGUUUCUCAUGAUUAUAAGCAUCGAGAUCAUCUACGAGGCCAUUGAGAGGCUCAUGUCUGGCAGUGAAGUUCAUAGAAUUCGGGAACUCCUCUUCGUGAGUGCUGCGGGGCUGGCAGUCAACAUGGUGGGCAUUGUUGCUUUUGGUCAUGGUCAUCAUCACGGUCAUUCCCACUCCCAUGGUGGCCAUGACCACGGUCCGGGUCAUCUACACACACACCACUCCAACGAAAACAUGCACGGAAUAUUCCUCCACAUCCUUGCUGACACCCUUGGAUCCGUAGCUGUGGUUAUCUCCACGAUCCUGGUGCAUUACUACAAGUGGCCUGGGUUCGACCCCAUUGCCUCCUGCCUCAUAGCCAUUCUCAUUUUUGCCUCUGCUAUCCCACUCGUGGCAAGCACAUCGAAAACCCUGCUGCUCGCCCUUCCCGCAGAUGUCGAGUAUACCCUGCGCGAUGCGCUAGCUGGCGUGAGUACUUUGCGUGGGGUGGUGGGAUAUACGGUUCCGAAAUUCUGGCUCGAUGAUACAGUGCAUGAUCAUAAAGAAAAACACUAUCACCACAGCCACCACCACCACCAUGACAACAACCAUAGCCAUCAUAUCCACAGCCAUCCUCUUGACGGCAGCGGUUGCGGCAGCGACGAGCACGAGCACGAGCACUGUGCCGGGCAACGAAUCCUAGGAGUGAUACAUGUAAUCGCGUCGCACGGGGCAGACAUAGAAGACGUCCGGCGAAGAACGAUCAGCUACCUGGGCGCAAUGAACAUCGAUAUCUUGGUACAGGUUGAGCGCGAAGGGGAGAGCCGCUGUUGGUGCGGUAGUGGUAAUAAGCCGACAAGUUGA